AUGAUUAAUAGUAAAAAUUUAUAAAAUGAUAGAGAUUUUUAAAAACAACCAAUACCUUAAUUCCCAAAUAUCCACAGAGGUCUAGCUGAUUAAUAAAAUUUAGUUGAAAAUUUUGAGUAUUAAGAAAAGGAAAUAGGAUCACCAGAAUUCGAUUUAGUCGAUUAUGAAGAUGAUUUACAUGACAAAUUAUCAAAAUUAAAUUAGGAAUCUGUUUACAACAUCGGAAAAACAAAAAUUAGCAGCAUUUAAUAAAAUUAGUUCAUGCGCGCUAAAAAAAGAGAAACUACAAGUAGAAGUUCUCCUCAUUUCCUUCAAUUCAAUUAAAAAUCGGAUAUAAUCUUAUAAUAGAAAAAAUUAUGCAAAAGAGAUGGAAGCAUUAUUGGAUACAUCCCUUGUUUGCUUAUUAAAUAUGAGAAUUCAUCAAAUAUCAUUGUGUAUUUUCACGGGAAUGCCGAAGACAUCACAUAAUCAUAUGCAUUUUUGAUACAUCUUCGUAAUUAAGAAAAGAUUUCAGUUUUGGCAGUAGAAUAUCCAGGGUAUGGAAAAUACAACAAUGUUUAAACUUCUGCUGAAGCCAUAUAAAAUGAUGCCGAUUAUGUUUAUAACUAUUUGACAAAAAAAAUAGGAUACGAAGAAAACUCAAUUAUGAUUUUUGGAAGAUCCAUAGGCUCAGGUCCUGCAACUUACUUGGCAAGCAAACACAAGCCUGGUUGUUUGGUUUUAAUGUCUCCAUUUACCUCUCUGAAGGAUGCGGUUCGGGAUUAUAUUAGGUUUGUAGGAACAUGGGUGCAGCAUUUGAUUAGACAAAGAUUCAACAAUUUACAAAAUAUAAAUGAUGUCACAUCUCCAACUUUUAUUUUGCAUGGGAAGAAAGACGAUAUGAUACCUUAUUAAUAAGCCUAAAGAUUAUAGGAAAAUUGCUAAGCUCAAAUAUGUAUAUUACAUUUGGCAGAAGACAUGGAUCAUAUUAGUUAUAAGUUACAUUCAGAUUUAAUUAUUCCACUGAUGCAAUUCUUAAGAAAGAUUAACUUCUAUCAAGUCUAUUUUAAAAGUCCUAAAGUGCCAACAAAUUUAUAUUAGAAUCCACAAGGAUGA